UCCAUCCAUCCGCUUGCGGUCGGAGCGGCCCCUUUAAGCGCGGCGGUGACGUCAGAGGUGGGCACAUCUGGCGCGCUGCCCGCGGGCACAUCUGGCUGGGGUCACACCGUCGCAGCCGCGCACUGUUGGUACCUCAUGACUCUGUCCCGCACCCUCCGGGCCCUGGCGCUGACGGUCGGGACCGCCGUGUUCGCCCUCUGUUCCCUCCUCUACAUCGCCUGGAAGAUCUACUUCAGAGACACCAACAGUGGCACCGACUGGGACGGAUGGUGGGAGCAGGACCUGUGGGAGCAAGCCCCCCACAAAGACGCUCUGGAGUGGCAGCAAGUGCUGGUGCUGGGGCUGGAUGGGGCAGGGAAGAGCAGCGUCCUGCACUACAUCUGCAACCAGACGGCCAGGAAGCACUUCACACCCACCCAGGGCUUCAGCUGCACCCAGCUUUCUGUUGAGGGGCUAGAGAUGGAGCUGCUGGAGGUGGGUGGCAGCAAGAACCUGCGAGCGUACUGGCCCGACUACAUGAGCCAUGCCCACGUGCUGGUGUUCGUGGUAGACUCGGUGGACAGGUCACGCCUGGUGACAGCACGCCAGGAGCUGCACACACUGCUGGCCAUAGAGCCCCAGCUGCCCCUGGUGGUGCUGGCCAAUAAGCAGGACAAGAGUGAUGCCCUGAGCACAGCAGAGCUGUGGGAGGAGCUGGCCCUACACACGCUCAGCGAGCAGCGGGAGGUCUUCCUGCUGCCCACCAGCGCCACCUGGGACAGCCUGAACACUGCCAACAGCAUCCUCCACGUGAAGAGCCUGCUGGUGACGCUGCUCUCCCAGACCCUGAGCACUCUGCCGCAGGGGGAGGGCAGCCAACCCCCAUCAGUUCAAGGAUGAACUCACCCUUGGGAUGGAAUCAUGAGCUCCUAGUGAGCAGGAACAUGCAGCACAGGGCAGCGCCCCACACCUUCACAGCAGCCCUGCAGGAUAUUCAAUGAAUGGGGCUGGUGAAGGAGUGCUGCCAGUGCAGUGCACACCGGCAGGAAUCACCAGCUCAGGCUGUUCCUUGCCAGUGCUGAGCACAGCUCUCAAUUCCCCCAACUCUGUAAUUAAAGCCCUGUUGAGGAGAGAUGAAGGCAGGUAUUGGGCAGCCCUUCAUCCUGAACAGGGGCAAAGACGGGCUGUUUGGUAGGUGCUGUGCCCAGCGGGCAUUUGCCCCCCUGCCUGAUCUCCCUCCCUCUCAGCUUCACCAGGUAACAGGGGAUGAAGGAAGCCCUGCCUGCAGGCAGGAGGCUGCUGGGUCAGGCCACAGGGUGCUGGGUCCUGGAAACCCAAUCAUGGAAGCUGGAGAGCACCCUGGGAGAAGGGAAUACGCUCAGCUGACCUCUGCUGUUAAACCUUUUGU